UACUGCGUGGCCACAGUGACCUUGAUUGGAGCCUUUUCAACAGCGAGGAGUCCAGCCUGCUGUUGAACAAAUGUCUGACGGGCGGCCGUCAAAGCUGAACUAAAUCGCCCCCAAAACAUCCAGGUGGGACACAAAGGUGGUCGACAUGGGCGGGAAAGUGUCAUUUGGACUGGACGAAGAGGAGAAGGUCACCGUUAUUGAAGGAGUGAAGCUCUCAGAGGAUGUUCUCAGACGAAUGAGGGACGCCCAAGGGUCUGGCAGCUCCAAGAACUCUCAGCAAGACGCCCACAAAACAUCAAAUUUAAAACCGCCCAGAGCGUCCACCACUGAAGUGCAGCAAGAAAUUCGUAGAAAUUUUGAGAAGCAGCAGGCCUUGGUGCAGGAGCAGCUGACCAGACUGGCCCAGACUGUGGGCUUAGACCACCCGAGUCGCUCGGUCAUCAUGGAGAAAGGGAAGGCCUGGGAGGAGCAGGAAAAGGCCAAGAUGCUGCCUGCCAAUUUAGAUGCCUGGAGCAGACAACUGGAGAGAAAAGAACAAGAACUGGUUAGCCUGUCCAACUUCUACAAAAAUCAGCUUGAGAUACUGGAAAAUAGGAACUUUGACGCUUACCAAGAGACGACUGACCAGUACAAGCAGGCAGCCAGCAAAGCUGAGGCUAAAAUCAGACCCCGGCAGACCCCCUCCCUGUGCACUGAGCUGCAGGCCCAGGUGCUGCAGUGUUACGCAGACAAUCCUCAGCAGACUCUGCUCUGCUCCAGCCUGGCCAAACAGUACAUGAGCUGCGUGCAGCAGGCCAAGAAGAGCUCGCUGACCAACAACGGACGAGAAGCCCCGAGCAAGAAAGCGUGAAGAGCAGGAGCGAAGACGAGGGAGGAUGUCAAAUCCCUCCAAAUUCUCGCCUCCCUCUGUGCUUCUGUCCAUUUAUUUAUUUAGCGCCGCCCUCCUCCCCUCCGCUCGCCGUCCUUCUGAGUGUGUCAUCUUGAUGUGCCUCUCCUGAUGCCCUGAUUCAUGGUCAAGUUGCGCAGGCACACCCAAAUAAAAUCCCGUGGUGAUGA